AUGCUCCUUACUUGCCCCCUCCCAACCGCGCUUGUGGCAUCCCCCCACCCUCACUGUCUCCCGAUACCCCCUCCCCCCACUCUUCCCCACCUCAGCCACGGCAGCAGCAGCAGCGCGGAGGAGAGGAGUCGUGGCAGCGAUAAGCAAGGACAGGCGGGGGGCGCUGGUGCGCGCAAAGCGGAUGCUGCUCAUUUGCCCCCUCCCAACCCCGCUUGUACCCCCACCCUACACCCCUCCCCCUUCUGUCGCCAGCCACGGCGGCAGCAGCAGCACGAAGGCGGGGCGUGGGAGGGGGAGGACGAAGAGGAGGAGGAGAGGAGGCGGGUGGGGGAGGAGGGGCGAGUGGAGGAGGCGGUUAAGAGGCUCAAGGGCACGUUUGAAGGCACCGCCAGAGCGGGCGGGUCGGCCGUGCAGCAGGAGAGGGUGGUGGCGCUCAAGGCGCUGCGCCAGCUGCUCUCAGCCAAUCACAGCCCGCCACUUGGCGCUGCCGUGCGCUGUGGCGCCGUCCCCCUGCUGGCGCAGUGCCUGGCCGCCGUGCCCCUGCUGGCGCAGUGCCUGGCGUUUGGAGCCCCCGAGGAGCAGCUCCUGGAGGCAGCGUGGUGUGUGACCAACAUCGCAUCGGGCGAGGCGGAGGAGACUCGUGCCGUGCUGCCCUGCGCUGCUCUGCUCAUCGCCCACUGCACUGACUCCCCCUCGCCAGCAAUAGCGGAGCAGUGUGUGUGGGCGGUGGGCAACAUAGCAGCAGAGGCGGACGACCUGAGAGCACAGCUGCUGGACCAGGGCGCGCUGCCCGCCCUCACCCGCCUGCUGCUCGCUGCUGCCAGCGCCACAGCCGGUGGUGCCUCUGGAGGCAACACAGGGGGGCGAUGGUUAACGGCACAGGCACCCUCUGCCAUGGCAUCGCUGGCAAAGACAGUGGCGUGGGCCCUGUCAUCUCUCAUCAAGGUGUGUGGGAUGGUGGUCGCACCUGUACCUACCUCUCUCGCACAGGUGCUGGAGCAAGGCGCUCUCCCCGCCCUCACCCGCCUGCUGCUCGCCGCUGCUUCUGGAGGCAACACGGGGGCCCGCUGGUUAACGGCACAGGCGCCAGCAGCCAUGGCAUCGCUGGCAAAGACAGUGGCGUGGGCUGUCCUCUCUUAUCAAGGUGCGUGGGCUGUUGGCCCCCGUGCAGCCGUUGAUCUAGUGAAAUCCGACGGUGUGGAUGCAGCGAUUGUGGCCCUUCUAUCCUCAGGCAACACAGAAGCAGCAGUGGAGGCAGCAUGGGUGGCGGCCUACGUGACAGCACUUUCAGACGCGAGCACAGAGAGGCUCGUCACUGCUGGGCUGGUAGAGGCGCUCGUGCCUCUGCUCUCUUCUACCACUGAUGUCGCCCUACUCACGCCCGUGGUGCGGGCCAUAGGCAACCUGACAGCAGGAGAUUCCAGCAGAACCACUCGCCUGCUGACAGCUGGCACGCCCUUCCAAGCCCAGCCCAUCCCUGCCCCGGCCCCUUCGGCCGUGGUGGCAGCAGCAGCGGCAGGGCCGGGGCUGUUGGGACUGGCUGGGUGCCUGGAGAACAAGCACCAUGGGCUGAAGAAGGAGACGGCAUGGGCGGUAUCCAACGUGACAGCUGGCGACAGCUGGCACAAGGCGGCUGUGAUUGGUGGAGACGCAGGGGCGAUGGGAGGAGCGGGCAGGGCAUCGCGGCUAUACGAGCUGCUCGUGCACUUGCUCCGCACGGCUACGUUUGACAUUAAGAGAGAAGUUGCCUUCGCUCUCGCGAAUCUCUGUGUGGAUCCUGCGGAGCAAGAACCAAUGGGGGAGCGCCACGUGGCGGUCCAGCAGUCGCGCGUGGCAGCGCUAGUGGACGCGGGGUGCCUACCGCUCUUCCUCUCUCUCAUCCGCUCCGCUGAUGCCGAUGCUGUUCGGCUUGGCUUGCAGUUCACUGAAGUGGUUCUGCGCGUACUACCAGACAAAAGAGGGCCCCCGCUUGUGGAGGAGGCGGAUGGUAUUGAUGCGAUAGAAGCAGCCCAAUUUGUAGGCAAUGAGGAGCUACACUCCAUGUCGAGCUAUCUACCACCACCUGCGACGAGGCGCGAGAUGCUUUCCGCAACCAACGGGUUCGAGCUUUGUGUUCUGGUUCGGCUCAAUGAGGAGCUUGCGGGGCCAAUUUUCCGACGUGCACAUGCGGUUCGGCAGGUGUGGGGCUUGAAGGACACACGUGAUUCGACGCGAAUUGGCCGUGCGGGGCUUGUGAGGUUCAUUGGAUGUCAUGCGCGCCCUCGUCCUCUUCCCACAAUAAUGGAGCAGUCGCCAGAGGAUCCUUACGCUCCUCGAGGCGUCGCGAAACUCUCAAAGUCCAAGUCCUACGACCGAUGGCUCCUCGAUCCGCAGAAGCCAUCAAAGGGGCUUCAGCAACCGCAACUCAAUCGCACGGGCCAGUGGGCAGCAAUCGCCGUCACUUCCCUGCUCUUCUCUCUCAUCCUUCUCAAUCCGACGGUUCUUGACGACGCUCUCUCACUCAUGAUGAAGCCAAUCAACCCCAGCCACGUGAACGUCUUUAUGCGCGGGCUGGCGACGCUUCAAUGGUGGGAGGACCAAUAUCCCCCUCCGCUAUCGCCGCCGGAAAACGCGGAGCCCAAGGAGCAACAACGAGGACACAUUCUAUGGAAGACGUUCAGAAUAACGCGCGUUGCGGCUUUCAACGUCGACAGAAGAAUCCUCAAGCAGACCAAGCAGGCGGGCUUUCAGCUCGUCCCGCUCGCCGCGCCGCCGCCUCAUGAAGACCUAACGUGGGAUGACAUCUACGCGGACCGGUUCGACGAAGACUCAAACGCGCAGUGUCCGAAGCUGCCGCUGCCCGAAUGGUCGCAGGAUCUUCGCACGGUCGACGCGUUGAUCGCACACAUGCCGUGCCAACCCGUCAACGGGUCGUUCGCGAGGGACGUGAGAUGGCACCAGCUGGUGCUUGCUGUCGCCGAAUACGUCAAGCAGUCCGCGCGCCCUUGGAUGCCCGUGGUCGUUCUCUCCGACUGCCGACCGCCGCCCAACCUCUUCCACUGCAACCGGCUGGUGCACCGCGACGGGCCCGUCUGGCUGUUUAACUUGACGGUCGCCGACAUGCGACGCCGGCUGCAGCCCGUCGGGAACUGCGCGCUCGCCACCCCGGAACCCCAGCUGCUGCCAGAUCAGCAGCCGGCCGCUGCGCGCCGAGUCGCGUAUGCUACGGUGUUGCACAGCAAGGAGGACUACGUGUGCGGAGCGAUCGCGCUGGCGAACAGCCUCCGGCGGAGCGGAACUCGCGCGGAGCUGGUGGCGUUGGUUUCUGCGGAAAUCGGGAACUUCAGCCGCAGAGGCUUAGAGGCGGCGGGGUGGCGGCUGAUCGAUAUUGAGAGGAUUCGCAAUCCAUUCGGACGCCCGGGCACCUACAACCAAUGGAACUACAGCAAGCUCCGAUUGUGGCAGCUGACGGAGUACGCGAAGGUGGUGUUCGUGGACGCGGAUAUCCUCGUUUUAAGGAACAUGGACCACCUGUUCGAGUACCCCGAGCUGUCGGCGCGCAGCAACAGCCGGCGCAUCUUUAACUCGGGUGUAAUGGUGAUCGAGCCGUCGCAGUGUACAUUCGAGCUAAUGAUGGAAAACAUCGAACUGAUUCAGUCGUACAACGGCGGAGAUCAGGGUUUCGUGAACGACGUGUUUUACUGGUGGCACCGCCUGCCCAAGUCAAUCAACACGCUCAAAUACAUCAACGCGGACGACGGCCCCAAGCGCGAUAUCGAAACCGAAACCCUGAAUUCGCUCCUCGCGUCCGAUCCGCCCUCCAUUCACGCGCUGCAUUUCCUUGGCAAAAAGCCCUGGCGGUGCUACCGCGACUUCGACUGUAACAUUCUCAUGCACACGCACCGGCGGUUUGUGCAUCACCGCGCGCAUAAGCUGUGGUUCACGCUGCACGAUUCGAUGCCCGAGGAGCUACAGGAGCACUGUCUUCCCAAGAAUAACGACAAGGCUGGUAUCGAGUACAGGAUGGAGCUGCUCAUGGAGGAGAAUCAGCCGCCUGAGCUGUGGAAUUUCACACUUACGGAUCCGAGGAGGGAGAUGUGCGCUCCGCAGCAGACUCAUUGCCAAUGGCGGAAGAACCUGAAGGGGUUUCGGAAGAAUAAGAAGCGGGAUAUGGAGAAGGAUAGGGAGUGGCAGGAGAAGUUGAGAGAGGAGAAGAUGAGGGAGGAGCAGAGGGAUUAG